GUUGUGUGUGUGUGGAAACUACACACACAGGGCACCGUGGUAUUCCCGAAUGAACUGAAACGUGACAGAUGUCCCGAGCGGCGGCUGGCACAGGGACGGGAAGCAGCUCACCGGUUAAGGGACCGGAAGGGAGAUUGAUUUCGAAGCUGGAGAGAUUCACAGAGGCCGGGCCCCCGGCGCGGGGAGGAGACCUGGGUCGUUUUCUCUGAGGCCGGUGGGAGCCACGGAAGAGGCAAAGAAAACCGCACCAUCUCGCCGGCCGGGCGUGGGGGAGGACAGACGGCUGCUGCUGUGUGAUCGGGGCUCUUCGCUCACCCUCUCUGAUCCUUGCCUUGCUACCACCAUCUGAGAGGUGUCCACAGAGGCUCCCGAAUGACGCAUAUCUCCAAGGGGAGGGGUUUUCCAGAAUUUUCUAGAGCUUUCUAGAACUUCUCAAAGGGUGUUCUGCACCCAAACAGGGCAAGGAGCGACAGGAUUGGAGACAACCCAAGACCUCCCUUUCGGCUGAAGAAGGAACAGCCCCUGCCCAGGGCUGCCUGGUCGCGUUUAGAGCCUGGGGCCUCGCGGACUCCCAGCCCCAUCUUGUCCUUCCGCUGCCGCCGGGGCUGCCCCCGCAAGUCACUUCCUGGCUUUGUGCCUCAGUUUGCUCCUCUGCACAUGGGGGGUAACAGGAACUCCCAUAUAUGGGAGCCCCCGCGCCUUUGCUGUUUUUCGAAAAAAUCGUUAUUGGCAUUCUGCUGAUCUCUCCUAAUUGGCUCCUAGGAGGGGAAGAAGGGGUGGGCCUGGGGCCAGCCUGGAGGCGGCGUCAGAGGUCCAGAGAGGAUGGAGUCCACGCCUUCUCCAGAAUGAGGAAGGAGGGCCCAGCGGGUGCUGCGGGAGGCAGACUGUGGUCGGGGCCUUUCCUCGCUGGCAGCCCGCCCUCCCCGGGGGCACGCACCCUCAACCAGUUUGGCAGGGCCGGGCGGGCAGGCCUGGAGAUGGGCGGGGAGCCCUGAGCCUCCGCACCUUCUUGGGCUCCUCCUCCUGCCUCCACCCGCCUGUGCCGGGCACUGAGGCCUCGCCGAGCGGGGUGCCCGGUGCCCGAGGCCGGGAAGUCAGGGGUCCCUGGGGGUGACCCCCUCCCCGAAGAGCGCGGCCCCCCGCGGGCUGCUGCCAGGAGCCCUCCCCGCGGCCGGGGCCAUGCCGCCUCGUGCCCGCUGAGGCCCCCACCAUGGCCCGCUCGCUGACCUGGCGCUGCUGCCCCUGGUGCCUGACGGAGGACGAGAAGGCGGCAGCCCGUAUCGACCAGGAGAUCAACAGGAUCCUGCUGGAGCAGAAGAAACGGGACCGCGCGGAGCUGAAGCUGCUGUUGCUGGGCACGGGCGAGAGCGGCAAGAGUACGUUCAUCAAGCAGAUGCGGAUCAUCCACGGGGCGGGCUACUCGGAGGAGGAGCGCAAGGGCUUCCGGCCGCUGGUCUACCAGAACAUCUUCGUCUCCAUGCGGGCCAUGAUCGAGGCCAUGGACCGGCUGCAGAUCCCUUUCAGCAGGCCCGAGAGCAGCCACUAUGCCAGUCUGGUCAUGAGCCAGGACCCCUACAAAGUGACCACUUUCGAGAAGCGCUACGCCGUGGCCAUGCAGUGGCUGUGGAGGGACGCCGGCAUCCGGGCCUGCUACGAGCGCCGCCGGGAGUUCCACCUGCUCGACUCGGCUGUGUACUACCUGUCCCACCUGGAGCGCAUCACCGAGGAGAACUACACCCCCACGGCGCAGGAUGUGCUCCGAAGCCGCAUGCCUACCACCGGCAUCAACGAGUACUGCUUCUCCGUGCAGAAGACCAACCUGCGGAUCGUGGACGUCGGAGGCCAGAAGUCAGAACGCAAGAAGUGGAUCCACUGCUUCGAGAACGUGAUCGCCCUCAUCUACCUGGCUUCGCUGAGCGAAUACGACCAGUGUCUGGAGGAGAACAACCAGGAGAACCGAAUGAAGGAGAGUCUGGCCUUGUUUGGCACCAUCCUGGAACUGCCCUGGUUCAAAAGCACGUCCGUCAUCCUCUUCCUCAACAAAACUGACAUCCUCGAGGAGAAGAUCCCCACUUCCCACCUGGCUACCUACUUCCCCAGUUUCCAGGGCCCGAAGCAGGACGCGGAGGCAGCCAAGAGGUUCAUCCUGGACAUGUACACGGGCAUGUACGCCGGCUGCGUGGACAGUGCUGACGGGGGCAGGAGGGGUCCACGCUCCCGGCGCCUAUUCAGCCACUACACGUGCGCCACGGACACCCAGAACAUCCGCAAGGUCUUCAAGGACGUGCGGGACUCGGUGCUGGCCCGCUACCUGGACGAGAUCAACCUGCUGUGACCCAGGCCCUGCCGCCCCCGGGCUCAGACCCGUGCGUGGCAGAUGGGACCUGCGGGCGGACCGGUGCUCCGUGAGCCCAGAUGCCCCUUGUCGCUCAGCCCCAGGUCCUGGUGGCGGGAGGGCCGUGAGUGAGUCAGGGGUUGAAGGCGGGUCGGCGCCCCCUCCUUUCUCUGCCCCUCACCAGGACAGCCCCUGCGUUUGUCCUCCCUUGACUCCGUUUACCUCCUCGGAAAUGGAGCACAAGGGCCACUUGGGAUGACAGGAUGGAGGAAAAAGUAAGGGGAGCAGGGGAUGAAGGACUUGCCCCCACCCCUGGGCAAGUCCUCCCCUGGGAAGAGGCCGCGGACCCCCACGGAGGUGAUGCGCCAUCCCAAUGACAGGGGAGUGGUCCUUCAGUGCGAGGGAGCGGACUCUGGCGCCCCCUAGCGGACAGGAUGUGGCAUCUACCAGCCCGAGGUCUGGGUAGCCCCGGGACUUCUGUUCAGGCAGGAAGAGAGACCGGGAAAACGCUGUCCAGAGUCUGCGCCUUAAAGUGUGUCCUGCCCUGUUUACAGACGAGGCAAACGGGCCCACAGGCAUUUCCCCCACUUCCCAGGCUGGGGGCCGGGCGCACUGCAUCUUACCACCUUUCUGUAUUUAUUCCCUCCCCUUCUAUGGGGCCCCUUGCAAGACAUUAAAGACGUGACAGUC